UAAUAGUUCCCAAACCACUAAAAAAAUGAAUGUGGGAAUUUUUUUAAGAGUGGUAGUUUACACAAUAUUUGUAUUAUAUCAGGCCGAAGCGGAUCCAUGUGGAUUUUCAAGUGGACCUAUUAAUCUUUCUUAUCGACUACCACCUUCUCCUGGUGCACCACUUCCAGCUCCAACACCAACAUCUGGGAUAAAUACAGCUCUUUUAAACCAACUAGCGUCACUAUUAUCUUCAGGGUCCAUUUUAAGUUCUGCGCCUGCACCAAACAUUAACCCAACCUAUCAACCUCCUACAAUUCCUUGUUCUACUUCAGCUCAAGCGACAUAUUCAGCUCCUGCACAACUUUCAACAGCUUUUGGGUCAUCAGCUAGUUAUAAGCCUCCAUUUUUUAGCCAGCUUCCACUUUCUUCCCAGUCAAUAUCAUAUUCCACCCCAAUACCAGCUCCAUUGACGUCUCCUUCUCCCGUCUCUACACCACUCCCUCCAACCACAUCAUGUGUAACUGCAAAUCCAUCUCUUUUAAGUCAGUUGACAUCACUUUUAUCCUCAGGAUCGAUAUUGCGCUCUUCUCCUGUACCAAGUCCCUCUAGCACACCUCUUUCACCAACUACUGCGUCCACUCCAUUGUCAACUUCUGCUCAACUUUCAACACCUUGUGGAUCAUCUACCGUUAGUCCUGCUCUUCAAGGUCAGUUUACCUCUCCUGUACCAUCAAGAACGUCUUCAUAUUCUGUCCCUGCACCAUCUUCUAAUCCUGGUCUUUUGCCGGCUCCUCGUCCCUUAUCUGCAUCCUCCACAUCAUGUUCUACUACAGCAUCACUUCCUACGUCAAGCCUAGGUUCUACCAUAAAUCCAUCAAUUUUAAACCAGCUAUUGUUACUUUUAACCUCGGGACCGGCUUUGAGUUCUUGUUCUUCUCCUGCUCCAUAUCCCACCAGCGCCCCCCUUCUACCAACUACUACAUCCGCUCCAUUGUCAACUUCUGCUCCACUUUCAACAUCUUGUGGUUUAUCUAACAUUAGUCCUACUCUUCAAGGUCAGUUUACCUCUCCUGUACCAUCAAGAACGUCUUCAUAUUCUGUCACUGCAUCAUCUUCUAAUCCUGGUCCUUUGCCGGCGUCUCGUUCAGUACCUGCACCUACCACACCAUGUUCUAAACCAGUAUCAUUUCCUACGUCAAGCCUAAGUUCUACCACAAAUCCAGCAACUUUAAACCAGCUAUUAUCACUUUUAACCUCAGGACCGGCUUUGAGUUCUUCUUCUGCCCCACAUCCCACCAGCGCUCCUCUUCUAACAACCACUGUAUCCGCUCCAUUGCCAACUACUUAUCCAGCUUCUGCUGCACUUUCAACAUCUUAUGGGUCGUCUAACAUUAGUCCUGCUCAUCCAAGCCAGCUUUCCACACUUGUAUCCUCUAGACCAUGUUCUAAACCUGUGUCUCUUACUCCCCCAACAUUAGGCUCGACUCCAUCAACAGUUUCUUUGCCGGCUCCAAGCUCAGUAGCUACACCCACCACAUUAAGUUCUACUCCAUUAUCACUAACUGCGCCAACGCAAAGUUCUAGUUCAUCAUAUCUAAACCAGCUGUUGUCACUUUUAUCUUCAGAAUCAUCUUCAAAUUUUACUCCUACACCAUUAUCUAGUACAACGUCUUCUUCUACCCCUUUAACAGCCCCAUUUCCAGCUUCUUCUACAUUACCUGGACAACUUUCGCCCACAGCUCCAUAUUCUUGUCCAGUAUCACUUCCAACACCGUACGGAACAUCUGGGUUAAAUCCAACUCUAGGUCUAGAUCGGCAAACAGUACCUUUACCACCAAGAUCAACCGCGUCUUCACUGCCAGCUUCAUUACUUCCUUCUACACCUUGCUCAGCGCGUGGCCAAUCGCAAAGCCCUACAACAUCUCAAACCCAAUUUGUAUUACCACGAGAACCUACUUGUAUAAAUCCAAUCCUUGAGCGGCAGCUUUCAUCACUUUUUUCUUCACUAUGAACUCAUUGUCGACUGCAACGCUAUGCUUUAACUCAUCACUAUUAGAAUUUUAAACUUCAAAUUCUCGUGAAGCUAAAUUAUUAGUUAUUUUAUUUAAAAAUAAA